AUGGCUACAGUAGAGGUCCAGAAGAACCGAAACGAAGCAGCGGAGAGGGAAGAGAGCUGCUCCGGCAAGGGUUCCAUGGGGAAGCAAGGGGAAGGUUUGAGGCAGUACUAUCUCCAACACAUCCACGAUCUCCUGCUACAGGUCCGACAGAAAACCCACAAUCUCAACCGUCUCGAAGCCCAGCGGAACGAGCUCAAUUCCAAAGUGAGAAUGCUCAAGGAGGAGUUGCAGUUACUUCAGGAGCCUGGAUCUUAUGUGGGUGAAGUUGUCAAAGUGAUGGGGAAAUCAAAAGUUCUAGUUAAAGUUCAUCCAGAAGGAAAAUAUGUUGUGGAUAUUGACAAAAGCAUCGAUAUCACCAAGAUCACACCCUCAACCAGAGUUGCUCUUCGUAAUGACAGCUAUGUUCUCCACUUGAUUUUGCCCAGUAAAGUGGAUCCUUUAGUCAACCUCAUGAAAGUUGAAAAAGUUCCUGAUUCCACGUAUGAUAUGAUUGGUGGUCUUGACCAGCAAAUCAAAGAGAUUAAGGAGGUGAUUGAACUUCCAAUCAAGCAUCCCGAGUUAUUUGAGAGUCUGGGGAUUGCUCAACCAAAGGGAGUUUUACUUUAUGGCCCUCCGGGAACUGGAAAAACACUGUUAGCAAGGGCUGUGGCACACCAUACGGAUUGUACUUUCAUCAGGGUUUCUGGUUCUGAGCUAGUGCAAAAAUAUAUUGGGGAGGGUUCUCGUAUGGUGAGGGAACUCUUUGUGAUGGCAAGGGAGCAUGCUCCAUCAAUCAUUUUCAUGGAUGAAAUCGACAGUAUUGGAUCUGCUAGGAUGGAAUCUGGAAGUGGCAAUGGUGACAGUGAAGUGCAACGGACAAUGCUUGAGCUUCUUAACCAACUUGAUGGGUUCGAGGCAUCCAAUAAGAUCAAGGUUUUGAUGGCCACAAAUCGGAUUGACAUUUUGGAUCAAGCCCUCCUUAGACCCGGAAGGAUUGACAGGAAAAUUGAAUUUCCAAAUCCAAACGCAGAGUCUCGCUUUGAUAUCUUGAAAAUUCAUUCAAGAAAAAUGAAUUUAAUGCGUGGGAUUGAUUUGAAGAAAAUAGCAGAGAAGAUGAAUGGGGCAUCUGGUGCAGAAUUAAAGGCUGUAUGUACUGAAGCGGGUAUGUUUGCUCUGCGGGAGAGGAGGGUUCAUGUGACACAAGAAGAUUUUGAAAUGGCUGUUGCUAAAGUAAUGAAGAAGGAUACAGAGAAGAAUAUGUCGCUGCGGAAGCUAUGGAAGUAA